GAUAACCAACAAUGUGAAUGUUUCAACUAAAAAUAAAAAAUAAAAAACUAAUGUGAAUGUAUCUAGACUCUCUUCGAGGCUUCUGCCGUUCAUUUCUUCACUGCUCACGAAUCCACACAGUCGUCGAUUUCACUAUAAAAACCUUCGAUUCCCCACUUGAAACACACAAUCAACCAUCUAUUCAAAUCUCACAACUACACUAGCAAUGGCAGAGGUUCUUCCCACUCCUCUCAAUUCCUCUUCUACCCAACCACCUCCCCUCUUUGAUGGAACUACUAGGUUGUAUACCUCUUACGUAUGCCCAUUUGCGCACCGCGUGUGGAUCACCCGUAACUAUAAGGGAUUACAAGACAAAAUCAAAUUGGUUCCACUUGACCUUGCGGAUAGGCCUGCUUGGUACAAAGAGAAAGUGUACCCUGAAAAUAAGGUGCCAGCAUUAGAACACAAUGGCAAAAUCAUUGGAGAGAGUCUAGAUCUGAUUAAAUACCUUGACAGUAACUUUGAAGGUCCUGCACUUCUACCCGAUGAUCCUGCUAAACGGAAGUUUGCUGAAGAGUUGUUAUCCUACACUGACACAUUCAAUAAGGUGGUAUUUACUUCAUUUAAAGGCAACCCAGUGAAAGAAGUUGGUCCUACUUUUGAUUACAUUGAAGCUGCUCUUCACAAAUACGACGAUGGACCUUUCUUCCUUGGCCAAUUCAGUUUGGUGGACAUAGCAUAUGCCCCAUUUGUUGGAAGGUUUCAAAUCUUCUUGCAACAUAUCUGGAAGUAUGACAUCACUGCUGGCAGGCCUAAACUGACAACAUGGAUUGAGGAGAUCAAUAAGAUUGAUGCUUACAACCAAACAAAACUUGAUCCCAAGGAGAUUAUUGAGGUGUUUAAGAGGUUUCUGGCCUAGUUGUGAAAAUGUUGGUGAUGGUGUUGUAGAAGUAAUACGUUGUACUAAAUAAGUUGCUUUAUGUGUAAGCACAAGUGUCUUUGUCUCUGUGAGCCUGGGGUACAUAUCAUAAGUUGUGGAUGGCAUUGUCUCUAUUAAUGAUCAAAGUUAUUAUGUUCCUUGUUAUGUUUAAAUUUGUAUUCUUAUCUUUCAUUUAUGAGAUAUGAUACCUUAUGGUUCUU